AUGGCCGACACGAACUCCCCUCCAACGCGCGAACACCCAUCGUCAACUCAUGAUCGUGUCUAUCACAAGCCUGCUUGGUAUGCUGUCCCUGGGAAGAUCUUCUUGGGGUUCAUCACCGCUCCAUACCGUCGAACCUUCAAGCUCUACACAUGGAGGCCUCUGAAAGAAAUCAGGGCUGCAGAUGGAGACCGCAAGGCCCUCUGCCGGCUUGUCACUGACUGGAGGGAGGACAAAUACCAAGAGCUGCAAUCAGUUCAGGUAGCAGCCUCCUUUUGCGCCGGAGCGUCCCUCGCAACGCUUUCCUGGAACCAGGAGCAGACUCCACAUUGGGCAGCUCCAGCUUUGUGGUACACCAGUUUGUCUUGCUCAAUCUGGGGCAUCAUCACAUCAAUCCAGCAGAAGAGCAUUCUCGAUGAUCUGCCAGACAAGGACUUGCUUGAAGAAGCCAACGUCCCCGAAUACGACCUCAAACGAACACGACGCGUGAUCUUGCGAUAUAAGAAAAGGCCAGGGAUAGGCCAUUGGAUAAUGCUGUUCUUCUGGCAAUUCCCGUCAAUGCAGAUGAGUUACGCGUGGUGCACGUUUCUGGCCGGCUUAACGGUGUAUAUUUGCACACCAUUCAUACGACAACAGGCAUGGGGUGACGAUUCGAAGAUCGCCAUCGUCUAUCUUGUUGUCGCUGGUGUAGGACUUAUCACCUUCCUCUUCUCCACCUGCUUCGUGUAUUCGUCAGAAAAAGCUUGCGAGCAGUCUACGGUCAACAGUCGUAGCAACACCAACGAAGCAGGAAUUGGCUCAUUCAAAUCACCCCCUGACAACACGCCUUUUUCGGCGGCAGACUCCGCAACAACAAACGGCCAAACCACCACGAACCUAUCACCUUCUCAGACACUUCGAACUCGCGGGCUCUUGAUAGACAGCAGCAGAAAAGGCCCCCGAUCUGGUCGCCAAUUUCCAAGCUCAAGUAGCAAGAAAGAGACUUUGUUGAUGUGA